CUUACUUAUGAAUACUUACUUAUGAAUACCUUUUACCUAGACGUAAUGUUUUUUCCAUUUCACACAUCGUUUUAUUCUCUUGAGAAUAAGAUUCCUUGUUGAGUUGUUGGUACAUCUAUGUGUGUUUUCAAGGGCAAUGAACAGACACUGAUUGCUGAAAAUAGCAAAUGUCUGUCUUAGAAUAAACGCAUUCUAAAGGUUUCUUAAGAAUAAAACUGAUAACUGAUGAAUGGGAUUUGAUAUUGUAUUCCAUGGUCAAUCAAGCCCGGAUGCCGCAAUCGGUGAAGCUUGGGGAAUUCACUGCUACAGUGCUUCGUUCCUGAAAAUAUGUAUAUUCAUUUGUUGUUCUCCAAGCAUGAGAAAUCACAUCAGUAGCUGAUUUACAAACCCCUGGCUGUUCUCAGAAAACGAAAGAAGUUUUGAUUAUAAAUCUUCUGCAAGGGGAUAAUCUCGAAUAUUUCGAGAGUAAAUCACGAGUGAGAUCUACGCGAUCAUGAAAGGUCCACCAAGAAAUCGUUUAUUAACAGCUUCUUUCUACAUGUUGGGGUUUUGGACGCUUUUUCCACAAGCAGUUGUUUCAUGGAUGGCUGUGGAAGAUAUAUUAUCUGGUACUCUUUUGCCAUCAACGGUGGUUCUCUUUUCAUAUUCCAUUGCCGACCUCUUCAGCAAAUCCCUCAGUCCUUUCAUUGUUCGCAAGAUAUCUUUCAAUGUGUCGUUUUGCCUUGCGACCUCCUUGUUUGUUGGAUCACUUCUUUUGCUAGUUGCCAUUGAUGAUAUUAAGCUGAGGAUCGCCGGUGUGACUGUGAUGGGGAUUGCUUAUGGAUUUACAAGGAUAACUGAUGUUAGCUUGUUAGCAUACUACGAGAAUGCAGAUAUACUUGCUAAUGCUUUGGAAAAUGGCGGAACCGCUUCUGUCUUUUUGGCCUCCAUUGUUUAUACAGGGUUGACCACAUGGCUUUGUGUAGCACCUUGCUUCGCUAUUGCUGCUUGUAUACCGUUAUGUUUGAUCCCACUUGCCAUCUAUCUAUCGCUGGACAAGGAACCCUUGAAAGAUCACCUGAGACAGACAACUGACCAUCAACCUAUACAAUACGCCAUCUUGACAGAUGAAGAACUCUCUGACGAACAAGAAACACCAGAAGCAGUGCCGAGUCUUUCCAAAGUAUUGUUUCUUUUCAAAGCGCUUCCUAUUAUGGGGUAUAAUUUUAUAUCCAGCACUUGCUGUCAUGUCUCGGUAGCGUCCGUAUUAUCAACCCUAACGUUUCCUUCCUCGCCAUUUCUUCCUCGUGAUCAUUACCAAUACUACCGGCUACUCAGUGACUCAGGGAUGCUGUUUGGAGGGCUCUUGAUUCUAGUGGUCUCGUGUUUUGGAGAAAAAUGCAUGGAAUUCUUUAGGAUUCGAAAACUCUGGUCCCUCGUUACGUUGAACGUCAUCAUUCUGUUGUUCUUCGUCUUUGCAUCGUGGUACCGUUUUCUACCUAAUGUUAUAUUUGUACUUGUGCUGUGUUUCGUCCAAGGACUUUUACACGGUGUAACGAUUGUUUAUUGUGCACAAAAUAUCGCCAGUCUUUAUUCCAGCCCACGAGACAAGGGUACAGCUCUAAGCCUGUUGCAGGUAUCUUUUUCUUGUUCUCGACUGGCUGCAGCAUCUUUAGGGUUUUUUGUUGAACCAUAUCUGAGGGAGCACUGUACAUAUCGGUUGAUGUUGGGUCGAUUUUGCCUGGCACGACAUGCAGCUCAUGGCGAAUGGGGCACCAACAAACACUGCAGGAUCUAGAACAAUGGUCGGUAUUGCCCGUUGACAAGAAGUUAGGGACUAUUGCGCAAGGAGGGGGAUUGCCUAUUCCUUUUAUCGUCGCACACAAGGAAAAAAAAGCACUUGGGUUUGGAUUAUAUGCUGACGCCAUUCUGUGUUCUCUACAGACCACAGAAAAAGGACCUGGAUUUGCUAAUUAUCAGGUCGUGAAACUCAGAUAAUCACACGAUAAUCACCUCGCGAUAAUUCAAAAUAACGUCCAGCCGCGUGUCUUUUAUCUUCUUUUUUUCUUCUUUUUUCAGAAGAAUCACCUGUGUAUUUAUACUAAAAUAAUUAUUCGCCUCAGGCUCAGUGAAUAUCGGGAAUAAUAACCUCAACUUCGUGUCGGUUAUUAUUCCCCGAUAUUCACUUCGUCUUCGGCGAAAAUAUUGUUAAUUAACGGGGGAGAAUAAAUUUUUGUACAUUUACGAACUUAUGAAUAAAUGAUUUUUGAAUUCAAAUUCAAAAACUGGACGUAAUAUUUUUAUCCAUUUCACACAUCGUUUUAUUCUCUUGAGAAUAAGAUUCCUUGUUGAGUUGUUGGUACAUCUAUGUGUGUUUUCAAGGGCAAUCGUUACUGAAAAGACACUGAUUGCUGAAAAUAGUAAAUGUCUGUCUUAGAAUAAACGCAUUCUAAAGGUUUGUUGAGAAUAAAAUUGUUAACUACUAAAAAACA